ACACAAGACAUUUGAGGAAGUCAUCUUUGGCUAUGGGAAACACUAACAACAGACAUUUAUUACCAUUUUCAGGCAUUUUAUAGAAGAUAAUCAAUGCUGAAAAUAAUCAUUAGUUGUAGCCCUACACUUUAUAUCACUGCCCAUAACUUCCAAAUCUGUUGAGCUGUUGCCAUGAGGACAAGCGAGUUUGACUCUUCAUCUGAAGAAGAGGAAGUUGGAGAAGAGCAGCUGACUCCCUUCCACAUCUCCUGGUUACCUCUGUCCAUAGUGGAGUGCUCACAGUUUCUUGGGAUAUGUGCACUACCAGGUUGCAAAUUCAAAGAUAUCCGCAGGAGUUUGGAAAAAGAUGUUGAGGAGCUCCAGAACCAGGGGGUGCAGGAGGUGUUUGUUUUCCUCACCAGAGGAGAACUUAACAAGUACAGGGUCCCUUCAUUGCUGGAGGUCUACCAGCAGCAAGGCUUCACAGUUCACCACAUGCCCUUCCCAGAUGGAGGCGCUCCUGAGCUGGAGCAGUGCUGCCAGAUCCUCGAGGAGCUGCAGAUCAGCCUCAAGAACAACAGAAGGACUGUGAUCCACUGUUACGGAGGUCUGGGACGCUCUGGAUUAAUCGCUGCCUGUCUGCUGAUUCAGCUCUCCAUAUCCAUGACGGCAAACAAAGCAAUCGAAAUCCUCAGGGAGCACAGAGGAGGAGGAGCGAUCCAAACUGUGAAGCAAUACAACUUCCUCCAUGAGUUUCGGGAAAGGUACACAGCCUACCAAGAAAGCCGAGAAGUUCCCACAGAGCGCUCGGUGUCUCGGUGAUCACUGCUCUUCUCUUCAAAUCAUCGAUCUCUCAUUUGUCAGCGAUUCUUUCCUGAUUAUGUGUGAUAUAAUUGUAUUCUCUUAGGAUUGCACUUUAACAGAAUACUCUAAUAUAUUGCAUUUUCACCUUCAUUAAAAUGAAAUUAAAGUCUUGAUGAGGAAAUCCUGCCGGAUUUUACUUGUAAGCUUAAAAUAUGUUGUUUGCAUUUAUAUCACAUUUAAGAUAAUGGAGAUUUUUGUUCCUCUCCUGUUGUAGCUAUACUCUAUUUUUAAUUUCUCUAAAUCUGUAACACUGCAAACCAGUAAUUUCUCCAUUAUUUCUAAAAUAUACCGUAUUUUACAUACUGUCGCAUGCUUUGUACAGGUCUGCAUUUUGGUUACUUAAUUCCUCAUGGUUGAUGCAAAAAAAAAAAAUCACAGGUGUAAUCCCUGAGUCUGCGAUCACAUCCAUUGAUGACCACACAUACUUGUGUCCUUAUGCAACACAUUGCUUGCUUGCUUGCUUAAUGUAAGUCACUGUGGACCUGUAUGUAGGGUUUAUAUUGGCCUUGAAAAUACUUUUUGUGGUUGAAAUAAGGUAUUUUUAGAAAAGGAAUAUGCCUCAUCUGUUCUUUGUCAUAGCGCUGUCAUCUCACUAUGGGACACUGGGACAUCUAACUCAUGCUACCCAAAGAACGGGGUCACACCAGUAACCUAAAGUUCAUCCUGAGAAAACUGAUAUUUGUGUUGAGAAGCUGUUAUAACACAACUUAUCAGGAAUUCCUACCAAGAUCAUAUAGUAAAGAUAAGUCUAAUUUUGACCAAAGUCUUGAUUUCAUUUAAAACAUAAGGACUUAAUUUAAACAAAGUCCUCUUGAAUUUGAUGUUCAGGUCAGUAAAAAAGGGUGGGUUCAUCUCAAUGCUCUUUGUUUCUUUGUUUAGGUUAAAAAGACUAAGAGACUGGAGCCAUGAUAGCAGCUCUGUGAGGCUACUUACACACAGUGGUGCUUUGGCCUAAAUGCUAAAAGUAUGCUAACAAGCAAGUGGUAAGAAAAUAUAAUUUUCCAUGUAGUUUGAUGUGUUAGCAUGCUAACAUUUGCUAAUUGGCACUAAACUCAAAGUACAGCUGAGGCUGAUGGGAAUGUCAUUUGUUUUGGACAAAGCGAAAUUUGGAUCUGAUGAUGAAUUAAUCCUGUAGGGACAAUGAAUCUAUACCACAUUUGACAGCAAUCUAUCCCAAUUUGUAGAGAUAUUUCAGUAAAAACAUCAACCUCAUGGUGGGGCUACAGGAAAAGUUAGAUCAUCAAAGUCAUUCAGUUACACCUUCUGGGAACCAUGAAUGUCUCUACCAUAUUUCAUAGCAAUCCAUCCAAUCAUUACCCAACUAUUUCAGUCUGGACUUAAGUUGUGGACUGACAGUCCUGCUGGCAUGGCUAAUAAAAUAUUUGUACUUCUG